AUGCAGUUCAGUUUGGUACUCUGUGUCGACAAUUAGCUCUGAUCUGAAACAAGAAUGAAUCCACUGCGUAUGCUCUGCGUUGUGGCGUGCCUGCUGGGCGCCACACUGGCGACUCCCAACGGCGGCGCCAACGUCCACAAGCACCACUUCAACUCGGUGGCCAGCAACGGCAAUCCCAGCAACUGGGUGAGCCCCAACGAGAUUGAGCAGCUGCCUAUGCUUAAGGAUGUGACGCUGCGUCGCCUCGAGGACAUGACCAGUGAUGAGGGCGCUACCCUUUUGGACAGACUAUACCACUUGGGCCAGUUCAACCGCGUGUUCCAGCCUUCAUACACCCCAGAGCCCAGCCAGGUGCAGGGUUACAUUGUGGGCGAGCGUGGCCAGAAGAUCGAGUUCAAUUUGGACAACUUUGUGCAGACUGUGAAGCGUCAGCCCAACUUUGGCAACGAUGAGGUCACCAUUUUCAUCCAAGGUCUGCCCCAGAGCUGGACCCAAGUGCAGAAGGCCAACCACAAGUUGGUUGAUGCCUAUGUCCAGCGUUACAACCUCCAGCCCUAUCCCGGCCAGCAGUCCGACAGCAGCGAGGAGCAGACCCCCAAGCGUCGCCAGCAGAACCAGCAGCAGGACGAUACCAAGACCGGUGAUCUGGUCGUGAUCAAGCUGGGCGAUCUCAUCCAGGACUUCGAGCAGUAUGUUACAUUGAAUGUGGAGCGCAUUGGUGAAAUCAUUGGCAACCGUCUGGUGCAGCUGACCAACGAGGUCAAUGUGCCACAGGAGAUCAUCCAUUUGAUUGGUCAGGGUCCCGCUGCUCAUGUUGCCGGCAUUGCUGGUCGCCAGUUCACCCGCCAAACCGGACACAAGCUGCGCCGCAUCACCGGUCUGGAUGCCCCCAAACUGUACGCCAAGCCCGAGAGCCGUCUGACCGGUCUGGCCCGCGGCGAUGCUGACUUCGUUGAUGCCAUCCACACCUCUGCCUACGGCAUGGGCACCCAGGCUCGCCUUGGCGAUGUUGACUUCUACCCCAACGGACCCUCGACCGGUGUGCCCGGCGCUGACAACGUUGUGGAGGCUUCUCUGCGCGCUACCCGCUACUACGCCGAGUCUGUGCGUCCAGGUAAUGAGCGCAACUUCCCCGCCGUCGCCGCCAGCUCCUACGAGGAGUACAAGCAGAACAAGGGCUAUGGCAAGCGCGCCUACAUGGGCUUCGCUACCAACUAUGACAUCCGCGGCGACUACAUGCUCCAGGUCAACUCCAAGAGCCCCUUCGGCCGCAACACACCCGCCCAGGUCCAGCGCGGCUUCCACGCUGUCCAUGAGCCAUGGAACAACCAGCACCAGCAGAAGAACUUUGCUUAA